AUGGGAACAAUGAUCAAGUCAAAAGACAUACCACAUGCGGCCGGGAUCUGCCUUCAAACUCCCGAGCGGCCUCUGAGACCACCCCCAAGAGCAGUCACGCCAUGCGCCUCAAAACGCCGCCGUAUCAUUGAGCCUCUCCUGGUGGGUUGGCAUGGCCCAGUGAUGAACGGAGCCGUGGUGCCUGGUAGCCCGGAGCUUUCCUCCUCAUGUCCACUGCCCGACUGGCGAGAGUUCUGCGAGGUCCACGCACGUGCCUCUGCUGCAGAUUUCGCAGACAAGUUUCAGCGCUUCCUGUCUGAGAACCCAUGUUACGCCUCGGCUGGUGCUGAUGCCAGUUUUUCCCAGCACUUUGCUCAACAUUUCCUGGAGUGUUUCUCUUCAGCUCUAACGCAGGUCCGAGAGAACCAGGCCUCUUCCCCUGGAGAAGACGGCUCCACCUCUGCAGCCAAAUACAGUAUUGUUCCCUUCCUGGGGAUUCAGGGCUGCCCUCUUGCUUACGGCCAAGACCUUUACCAGAGACGCAAAGACGCUGGGGCAUCCAGUGAGUCUCUGGACAGUAUGGACAGUGCAGGGUUGGAUGGGGGAAGUGCCAACUCUCGAGGAUCCCAAAUCACACAUAAAGUCUCUGCUUUGGGACAGUCUCGCAGCUCUGAAGAUGUCUCUAUCAGUCACCCAAAGGCACGCUUCAAGAAAGGCUUCUCCCUGAGGAACAUGAGCCUGUGUGUGGUGGACGGGGUGAAGGAAAUGUGGCACAGACGGGCGUCCCCUGAGCCGGACGCUCCCUCUGGGACCAGGAAGUCCAAUGGGAUAGUGGGAGCUGGAGGAGCAACAGGGGUGGCUGGAGGAGCAGCUGAAGCCACUGGCGGGGAGAAAUGGUCCCAGAAGUUACGUCUUCCUCGGAGUUCUCAGGGUCAUAAAGCUGAACUGCUGGAGAUUCAGAGGGAGGGUGCCCUCAGAUACAUGGUGGCUGAUGACACAAACUGUAUGGGGGCCGCACAGUGGCAGAAGUGCCGCCUGCUACUCCGGAAGACAAAACGAGAUGAGGGAGGGGAGAAGUUUCUGCUGGAGUUCUAUGUCCCACCAAAGUCUUCAAAGCCCAAAGUCAGCAUACCACUGUCAGCCAUUGUGGAAGUGCGGACCACGAUGCCGCUGGAGAUGCCUGACAAAGACAACACUUUUGUCCUUAAGGUGGAAAACGGGUGCGAGUACAUUAUGGAAACUAUUGACUCUUUGCAGAAGAAUUCGUGGGUCGCUGACAUUCAGGACUGCAUAGACCCGGGGGACAGUGGUGACGACAUCGAGCUGGCGUCCUGUCCCCAUGGCCAGGCAUCCAAGAGCUGCUCCAUGGUGGCCUCCUGCAGCUGUGAACUCCUGUCUGAAGGAAUCUACCGUGCUUCAGAAAGGUCUUGUUCAGCAGCAGCAGAGCACUAUAGCGCCCCCUCUGUCAGAUGCAGAGAACUUCCAUUCACCCAGCACCCGUCCCAUAUGCCUUUAGAGCGCUUCCUCCAGUCCCCAGAGGCACAAACCUCUCCUAACACGGCAGGAGCCAGUGAAGGCCUGAAAGAGUCCGAGGGAGAGGCCAGUCUGGUGGGCUACCCCUGGUUUCAUGGGACACUGUCUCGGGUCCGUGCGGCACAGUUAGUUCUGGCAGGUGGAGCCAGGAGCCAUGGGCUUUUUGUGAUUCGACAAAGUGAAACCAGGCCAGGAGAGUAUGUUCUCACCUUUAACUUCCAGGGAAAAGCCAAGCAUUUGCGGUUGUCAUUGAAUGAUAAUGGCCAGUGUCACGUUCACCAUUUGUGGUUUCACACGGUUUCGGAUAUGCUGAGGCACUUCCACGCCCACCCCAUCCCGCUGGAGUCUGGGGGCUCUGCUGACAUCACACUACGCUCUUAUGUGCAAGUGCAGAGGGGUAACAACACAGACGUUCCACCAACGACAACCCCCACUGCCCCCCGAGAAGCCAACUGCAGGGCAGAAUCUUCUCAGUCCAGUCUGCACCUGUCCACAGCCACUCCCGGGCCGCCCCAGGACAUGCCGCUGUCCUCCAGCACAUCCUCAUCGCCCACGGCACACCCCUCCUUGUCUCGCAGCGACCCAGGCACUGGCGGGGGGCUCCAGAGUCGCAGUAACAGCUCGGAACGACUCCUGGAGGGGUCGAGUGGAGGGUCCGAUGACUAUCAGGAUUCGGACGGGACUCGCAGGGCCCGGGCAGUGGAGAACCAGUAUUCUUUCUACUAA